CCUGAAUUAGUGCUAGGUAGUGAAGUAGUUGAACGCACCCACUGCUUCACUUGGGCAUUUCACCAGUGCUGAUGAUUUAGUGUUUGACGAAAUCUCGGAACAGAACCAAAGAGCUGGUUUGACUUUAUCCAACUUGAGUCACUUAUGGUAUGGGUCAGAUAUAUGUCUCUUAACCAAAUAGCGAGUUCAAUGCUCAGCUAUUUACUGAACUCAACUUUAUGAGUAGGAAACAUGGCCAUUAAGAAUAGAGGAUAUUUGCGGGUUACUAGUGUCUACUAAGUGUCUACGAAGCAUUGCUCGUGUAUUUUUGGGACCACAGAGUAUGCGACUCCCGGGUUAUGGAUAGAGUGCUAGGUAAAGAUAGUAAAUAAAUUGAUGAGGUAGUAAAUCUUCAACCCAGGUGGUCAGGACGUGUCCACCUCGACGGGCAUUGUUUCCUGGUGUAGGGGUAGGCUAAAAGAAAAUGAGAGAUAACCAAGCCCAAGUAUGGCACUAAUCCAUAAAGUCACCGACAAUUUAACUUAAUCAUGUUAAUAAAUGUAAACUACCUGGUUGAGGUCCGCGCGAUUAUCGUUACUAAUGAUUAGAUACUUUGAAUAACAUGGUUCAAAAUCGUUUGCAACAGCGCAAGUUCAUCCAUUCCUUGUCAACCCCAAAUUUUGGGGUUCUAGAUUCCUUAUAAGGUUUUGGUGUUUUUAUUUCACUAAAUUGUAUUUUCGUCCCAAAUCGUAUCUUCGAUACCUAAUUUUUUCAAUCACUGCUGAUAAUGCUACCAACUCUUCUAUUGUGAGAUCUGUGUUGACAAUGUCAUCUCUUUAUGCUAAUGAGAUAUUGCAACUUGAACCGAUGUACAUACGUACCUAGUUUCACGUUAUGACUGACUGACUUGGCUAUUGAUCAAGUAUUACUCUCUACCCUCAUUUGAGUAUCGUUAAUUGUUGUAAUUCCCACUCAACCCAUGACUUCAUAACUGCGUUAGAAUUUGUUAUACUGUAAUUUUUAAUCUGCUAAAGUAGCUCAAACCAUAACUUAGUAGUUCACUGUUUAACAAAUAUAUUUGUUGUGUUCGCACGAGCACGUCUUUGCCGUUCAUUAGUGAGUGGGUAGAUCUAUAUGACCUUCCUGAAUCAGGUGAUUUUACGUUGAAAACACCCAUCACAAAAUUUUCUUCCGUUGUUUGUUUUUUGUCGCAUAACACAUACAAAUCUACAGAAUGCAAACAAACGAACUUAUUAAUGGAAUCACUGAGACAGAAGACAGUUCAUAUAUGGAGAGUGGAACGGAUAUUUUGGAUUUUUUAAAUACAUCUGAUACAGAGAAUGAAGAUAUAAAAGAUAUUAUUGGAAAUGAACCAGAUAAAAGUACUGAAGAAGAUCCAUGCAAUGAAGAAGCAUCCUCAUUAACACUUUCCAUAACCAAUGUAGUUGUUAUGGCUAGUCUUCAGUGUCAUUUACGAUUGAAAGAAAUAGCCAGAACUAGUGUUAAUGUAGAAUAUAAACCGCUUCAGAAUCAUGUUAUAAUGCGCUUACGAUCACCAUAUACAGUAGCAACAAUUUGGUCUAGCGGAAAAAUUUGGUGUACUGGAGCCAAUUCGCUUGCUAAAGCGAAAAUUGGCGCUAGGCGUAUUGCUAGACGAAUAGCGAAAUGUGGAUUUCCGUGUCAUUUUAGUAAAUAUCGUGUAGUUAAUAUUAUGGCUACUUGUAAAUUACCAUUCGGUGUCAGAUUAGAAGAAUUAGUCAAUGAAAGACCGAUGCAAAUGAGUUACGAACCUGAAUUAGCUCCUGGUCUCACUUUUAAAACUGAUCUUAAUUCAAGUACAUCUCUAAAACUUUUUUCAACCGGACGAAUAGUCAUUAUGGGUUCCAGUUUAGAUUCAAUUGGUACAUUAGUCGAGGAACUAGUUCCAAUUGCUGCAUUGCAUCAAACAGAUGAACCGGUUCCAGAUGUUAAUGAUAUACAAGAACGUGACGAAGCCCAUGUAGUGUUAAAAGCAGCACGAUACAUGAAUAUGCUGCCAAAUAAUGGUGGUUUCAAUGGAUUAGUUUAUGAUAUUGAUGAUGAAUAUGAAAAUAGCGAUGAAAGUGAUUUUUAUGAAGAUGUCGGCGGUGGUGGCGGUGCUCAACAUAGUUUUUCUACAGAUGAUUCAACUGACAGCGGGGCUUCUAUUGACAGUGGUGGUGUAAGUACUAAAGUAAAGCGUAGAAUUAAAAAGAAAAGUCGUUUAUCUACUGUUAUGGGUAAUUCCAUUUCCUCUACAUCUCAGUUGCGAAGUUAUGAUUCAUUGCGAUCUGGUAGUCCGCUUCAUUUAUUAACUCCUAGAGAGGCUGCCAGUUUGGCCUUCUCUAAACGUGCAGCUGGAAAUAUUGAAGAUGCUAAAGAUUUAGUAGCAACAGCUGGAGAAUUAAGACGUCAACGUGAACUGUUACUUCAAAGGACAACUCAAGAUAGUAUACGAACAGAAUCUCGUUCAAAUUUUUCUCAAAGUGAUCCUACAUGGUCUCGUAAAGCUGUUGCUUCAGGAUCAACAAAACGUGCUUGUGUGGUCACUUAUUCUGGAACAGAGGAUAGUGAGUCACAAGAUUUGUACAAUACUGUCGAACUACGCAGUCAAGGUUAUACACAGUCUAAUGUUUCUUCAAUUGAACAACAACAACACCAGCAACAAUUAAAAAUUAUUCAUGCACCAUCUUUGAUGCCAUUGAAUUCAACAAAUUCUCCGGUACAAGUUUCUACCGUAAUGACUCCAGUCAAUACUGCUGCCAAUUCCUUACAAUAUGUAUUGAUUAAACCUUCUACAAGUAUUGGUCAAACAGUUUACAACAAUGUAAUGCCUACUGUUCAACCAACUUUCAGUUAUACUACAACACCAUGUAUUACACCUAUACAAACAAAUUCUAUUGUACAAUUGUCCUUGCCAUUAUCAAAUAGUGGUGUGGAUGGUCAAAACUUAAUAACAACAAGUACUGCAUCAUCUGCCUCUGUUGCUACGACUAAUUCUACUGUUUAUCCUAUCCGUCUAUCCAAUAAUAUUCUGCCCAAUUACAUAUCAUCAGUAAAUGAUGGCAAGAUGAUGAACUUUGCUACUGGUACUCCUUCUAAUACGUAUACAAAUCACUUAAUAGGCUUUCCUAAUACAACUCAAAUAUUUCCAAAUGUUUAUCAAGUUGAUCCCAAUUCAAUUAUACCUGGCCAAACUGCUCCACUUGUCUUUGGAUCUUCUUUACUCACUUCAUUUCAACCUACAAAUAAUGUUAUACAUCCACAGAUACAUUUACCUGCCCCAAAUGUUCUAUCUGGUUCACCAAAUAUUUUUGUUGGAAAUUUCCCUCCAGGUAUUACUUUAAAGACAGCACCUGUACAAACAGUUGGAAGUGUAACUUCAAUUCCUUUCACUCCAACAUUUGCUUACCAACAACCUGGAGGUUAUAAUUAAUACCUAAAAAAUACAGAUAUGGAUAUAAUCAUUCUUUUUUUGUCGCCUCUGUCUUGCACACACCACAACAGUAAAUCUCAUUGUACAUAAUACAGCACAUACUAGAUUUUCUCAUUGUGAAUACUUGCCAAGAAAAAUAUCCAAUACAGUGCAUCAAUCAUCCAGUAUAUUUCUUGACUUUAUUACACACACAGAAUUGUAUCUAACAUACAUAAUUCCUUUAAAACUUGAUUUCAUCAUUCUCAACAUUUAUUAUAAAAAUAAAUACUAUUUCAAAAGAACUUGUAAAUUGAAAUGUUUUAUUUUCUGAAAUUACUUUUAGUUGUUUCAAUUAUUCAUGUUUGAGCAGUAUUUUUUUUUCUUCACCAUCAAUGAUACUAUUUCUCUCAUUGAAAUCAUGCUAAUUAGACCACUAUCAAUAUUGAACCGCUGUUUUGUUUUCUUUUUAAUGAAAAAAAAGAAGAAGACUAUGUAUGCAUUUAUUGUUUAUUAUGUCACGUUUUUCUGUUUGUUCGUUCAUUUUUGUAAUUUUUAUUUCAUUCAAAUUUAAUAUCUAACUUUUGUGUUACCUCAUCUUUCAAAAAUUUAAGGCGAAACAAAAUUGAGAACAUAGUUUUUCCUAGGUUUAAAAAUCCAUUUAUCUUUGCCGUAAUAUAUAUUGUUAUAUAUGUUUGUACCUUUUGAGACAUGUAUUACGUGGAUAGUGGAAGUGAAUCUUUUUUUUUCCAAAUUAGUUGUUUAGUUUUUUGACGUUUCUUUAGAGUUAAAAAUGAUCUAUGAUUUCUAGUUGAACUGAAUUAAAUGGAUCCGUUUUGUGGUUGUUUUGAUAUUACAUC